CCGGCAUUGAAGGGUCACUUAGAGAGCCGCAACGCUCGUCAGCAGCCGCGGCAGGCAGCUCCAUUAGGCCCGAGUGGCCAUCGCCCCCGAGUUAUUAAGACCUCGCCUGACGAUGGGUACGUGCGCCCGGCUAAAAGGCCUGCUUCCCGAUCCAGCACCAAUUCAAUCAAGCCUCCACCAACCAAGAUGUUGAAAAACGAAAGCACAUAUGAAAACGCGUCUCACCAGAUCCCCAUUCAUCAUUCAUCCAGCCCCCCAGUGAUCGACACAUACACUUUCCCACAUCGACAAGACCCCGACGUGGGAGCUCCCCCCUUCGGUUCAGCGGCAUUGCAGAGACAGUGGGGGGAAGCGUUCACUAGUCCCCAGCAACAGAAGACCAUUCCUUCGGCAUCGAUAUUCCCUGGCCAUACUGGGGCUCCCGUUACGAGCGGAAUCGGCGGCAUCGGCAGUGGUGGCGAUGGUGGAGGGAAUGGCGGGACCGAUGAUGAUAAUGAUGGUUUUGGAACAGAAUGGGGAAGUUCGGGUGAGAGUGGUGGUGAAGGGGACGACGAAAAAAGUGGAAGGGGUGAGGGCAUUGGCAGCGGUUUGAUGCUUCCACAGUCGCCAGGAAAAACGUCGCAACCCAUUUUACUGCCCACUCCCCGAUUCUCGAACCGUGGUACUCCGGCUCCCUUGUUUCCGAAUGGGCCGCCAAGUCGUCGGGCUGGGUCAGUCAGACCAAACGCGGUGGUACCACCCUUUCACACAGUAAUACCACCAUACUCGGCCAAGCCGGUUUCACCCCCAUACUUAUCAUGGAUAUUACCAACGCAGCAAAACUACCAAGCUGACCCUUUCCGUGUCAUUCUCUCUCCUGCAUCAGACGCCGUAUCAAGAGACACGGUGUGGAAUAGUCCAAAGGAUAAGUGGACGAAGGCAAAGGCAGAAACUCAAACACUCUACGACACAGAACGCAAACCUCAAAUGCUGAACUCCCUCCGAACAGCCCUUCACGUCAAUCCGAUGCUUUGUUGCUCAGACGGCAAAGGGUAUCCUUUGAUUGUGGAUCUUUCGAACAGUGAGAAAGAUAUUAGGUCCAUUGUGGAUCCUGAAGUUCGGUGGAGGGACGACGAUGUGUUGAACCAACCUGUCACCCUCCCGCGCGUCACACGACUGAGACUCAUAUCGCCGAAGAUGUCAGAACCAAUCGAAAUCGUCAACCGAGAAAGCGUAACGGUUAAGGAUGCCUUUCGAAGUAUGUUCAGCUACUUCAAACAACCAAUCACAUGGAAAGAGUUAGAAAGCUUUCCAGACAAGGUGAAGAAGGAACUGGAAAAAGCGUACUUCAUCAAUGCGGCCAAGUGGACAGGUAACCCUACCAAAGUUCCAAAGGUAUUACGCCGGGUUGACAUGCUAGGGAAUGAACCUAUUUUCGAUGGAUUACACUGCGAUCGAGAUCUUGUGAUGGAAGUUACAGGUGAAUUAGAUGUCGCCACCCUCAUAAUGGAUUUCAAGUCGAGGAUCUUCAUGGAGUGGUGACCCAAGUUUAGUGAUUCUUCGCUAGGACGAAUAUCCCCGGGUUUGCGUGCCGCAUCGACUUUGCCACCUGCUGGACCUGUCCUGGACCGACACACCACGGCUGCAAACAGCUAACAAACCUCCAUCGAUCCGCUUACCCAUCCCAGAUGCUUUGACAAGACUUCUCUCAACAUACUGUAUUUGACGAAUGGUUAUGACUUCAUGGCUCUACACAAAGAAGGUGCAUUAAGAUGCAUUACCCUAUAACCAAA